AUGAGCAAUUCAAACCAUGCGCCCAAGAAUAUCUCUCAGCAAUAUGAAGUGAACACUGUAUACGGCUCCAACACAUCGCCCGUGCCGACAAAGGCACCGAAUCAUCCCCAGAGUGGAAGUGGUCUACCGCCGACAACCGGCAAACGGGCAAGAAAAUCAGAUGAAAACAAUGUCACGGCAGGACACGUCAAUACAGCAGAAGACGAUGGACGCAAGAAGAGAUCGAGAGGCAGACCCAGGCUGGAUACAAAAGACGAAACCGCUGCCGAUCGCCGUCGUACACAGAUUCGCCUUGCUCAACGAGCAUACAGGCAUCGUAAAGAUACCACCAUUACAACACUGGAGCAGCGCGUCAAGGAACUCGAAAAGGCAAACGACGACAUGAGCAGAGGGUUCAAUGAUUUUUAUGAUCUUCUCGUCUCGGAGCGUGUUCUCGACGCUGUGCCACAUACCAUUCAACGACUGUCAACCAUCGCCAACCGAAUCACUACGGUCGCCGAUAAGGCGAGAAAUAGUACCGGAGAGGUCAGCUGCUCGGAAGAAAGUGAUGAGUCUCCAACCUCUCGUCAUGAAAACCAUCCCAAUUUGUACUCAGUCCACUCUGUGACACCUGCUCUUGCUGCUGUAUCACCAAACAAUGGAUUCCACUUGGAUGCGUCACAACAGGGUCACGUCCUUGGAACUUCUGACGGAACUCCUGGCGCGCCUGGCACCGCUGCAGCCACAUCUUCUGGACCAAUGAUCCAUGUGCCUGCGUCACUCGGCUACGAAGUUGUCACAGCAGCGACCCCAGAUAAUGCGAGCUUUCCAUUCUACUCCUCGAUGGAGCCCACCAUCGAGGGCGGUUUCAAUAGAGACCUGACUGCUGCUCAUCCGCCUUACUCCACGAUACCUCCCCCAGCAUCUUACGCCUUGAACGAACUCACCUUUGGUCGUCGCCUGCAGCGCCAGACGACAGAAAAUGGGCUGCGACUCAUCUUGAUGUCUAACCCGCCCCCAGAGAGAUUUGCCGCCGUCUUUGGAUUUUGCUUGUUUUUCGAGUCGAAAGAUGCUAUCAUCAAGCGUUUACAGGCUACACUGAGCCGACGUCAACAUGAGGAUCUCUGCAAUUGGAGAGCCCCAUUCACCGGUCUGGGGGGUGCUGGUACAUUCUUCCCACCGCAACAGUCGAUCGAAGGGACAGACGGCGCCCCAGCAGGCAUGCCCAUCGGAAACCAAGGCACGCGGUCCUACGGGAAGCUCCAGGACAUGACGGGUCAAUCAAUGGGCCCCUUUGGCCCCGAGCUACAAGCAAUCCGUGACGAGCGACUUGACGAUAGGCUUCGGAUGAUGUUGCCUGGAUUUGAAGGCGAAUUUUUCGAUCCAGAUGAGGUAGAAGCGUACCUGCGCCAACUAGGCAUCUUUAUUCCCCAGCGGGCCGAAUACGUUGAGGCUGAUAUUGACAUUGCCGAUCUGGACUGUGAUGGGUCUUCGACCAGAGCCAGCAGCGAUUCAACCGUGAUGGCAAAUGGGCAGCAGCCAGGUUUUGCAAAUCCAGAUUCCGGGUACGGGGGCAGCAAUCACAGUGGGAUGUGGACAAGCAACAGCAAUAGCCCGGUCUCAGCGACGACAGACGCUCCUGGCCCUCAGGCUGCCGUAGACAUGUCUCGUCAGCAACACGUGAUGGGCCUGCCAGUACAUCAAAGGGGGACAGAGCAAGCGGGCGACUAUGAGCAUGGAAUGGUCAACUUUAUGCUAUCCUCCGAGGCCAAUGGCAUGUGGCAACAGCCCGUGGGCUGGGCCGUCAAGUCCAAGAUUGGGCUGAAUGUGUCCAUGCUGAUCCAAGAAAUAUCGAGCAAGUCGGUCUGUUUGGGACGCGCUCCUGGUGUUCGACGAAAGGAUGUCAACAUGGCUGUCAAAAUUGCAGCUGGAGCCGUUUUGGAUUCAAGCCGUGACUGGCAACUCGUCUUUUAUUGCCUGUGCGGACAGCGGAAGCUCACACAUAUGCCAAGUCGUGGCUUCGCGAGUUUCGAGUUUCGACUUCCGAAUUUGGAUAACUUUCGAUGCACGACACCAGUCGAGACGGCUAUUGCUAUUGGGGCUACCAAAAUUGCUAUUGGGGCUACCGCCCCACCUAGAUUUCAGACCUACACCCUUAGAUGCCACACCCCUCUAUACAUUUUCACAUACAACGCCCUGGCAACGCAGCGAUUAUCACGAAAAUAG